AUGUCGCAGACGUACGACAAUGCCUUCCUCCAGCAAUCGCUAGGGCUGGAGCGACGUGCCUCGCCGCGCGACGUGUCCACGGCCAAGCCUGUAUUUGGCAGUGGCCAGCCGUUGGUCUUUCGUGCGCCCCCGCCGCCGGCGCAAUUCAAUGACGAUGGGACAGAGAGUUUGGAAUGGCAGCGGUACCAAUCCGCGCAACGGCUUCGCCAGAAGUGGGAGAGCAUAUAUGACCGAUUCCGCGAUGCCCAUUUAGAAGACCAAGACGAGAUUUACUUGGGCCGCGCCGGGGAUGCGAACGACAAGAUGCGCGUCAUCAAAGAUUGCGGCUCCCUGCGAUCGCUCCGCAAGCAGCUCAAGUUCGGCUCGUUUAUGAGCGAGCAGGAGCGGAAAUCGCUCUCGAUGAACGAAACGUGGGACGACGGCGACGACGGCGACGAGGACGACGAGGACGACGAAGACGACGAGGACGACGUAGCGUCCCCGUACGUCCGCCCACGGCGUGCCACCACCACCAUGCCUACGACGGACGACAACGACGUGGACAUUGCGAUGGAGCUGGACAUUUACCGCGCCGUCAAACGCGAUGCGAUCGAGUCCCUCUUGCAAAGCGAUACCCUGGGCCGCGCGACGCUGCCCUACGAGAUACCCGGUCUGGAUGCCGUGCUGACGGCCCGUCCCUCUAUGUAG